GGAUAAACUUGAUUUUAUAUGAUGACUAGAAUUUUGCUAGCUUUACAUAGUGAAAUAUGUAGACCAAAAUUAUUACCUGUCAAAAGUUUUCAUACCUGUAUCAAAAAUGGACGGUUCCCAUACCAGAGCGCAUGACCCAGUUUUUUUGCACUUGUCGACAUGGCGGAAAGUGGGGACGAGGCUGGGAUUGGUGGUGAAAAAAUGAAAAAUACGGGCGAAGAAAGUGAGCAGAGUGAUGCUGACGAGGAAUUAUUUGAAGUUGAUAAGAUUAUCGGAAAAUCUAAGAUCAAAGGGUCCAUUGUGUACAAGGUGCGGUGGAAAGGUUAUGGGCCAGAAGAUGAUACUUGGGAACCAAGGGAAAAUUUGGAGAGUUGCCAAGACCUAAUUGAAGAGUAUGAUGCGAAACAGACUGAAAUUGCAAAAAAGAGGACUGAAGAGAGAAAAAUGAAACAGUUAUUAAUGGAAGGCCGUAUUGAGAGUUCUGAUUCCUCAAGUGACAGUAGUUCACCAUACCCAUCAAACUUCAAGAACACAUUUUGGAAGGAAUUAGAGGCUGGAAGGGUGAACGUUUUUGACAAUGACAUGUAUUCAAAAGUGAAGAAGAGGUCUAUGACAUUACAGUCCAGAAAUAAUGAGCAGAAUUCACCAGACACAGAUCAGUCAGCCAUCAAAACAGAAAAAAAGAAGAAACGAAACCACAGUAAUCCAGAAAAAGCCAGUCAGCCAAAAGCCACAGGUAGCAGUUCUAGAAAAUCUAAAAGCACUACAAAGAAAACCAAAGGUACAUCUAACCACAAAUCAAGUAAAAAACCAGAAAGUUCACGUUGUAUUGACUUUAGUAGUCUUGUAACAGACUCUGAUACUGACAGAGAUAUUAAACAAAAAGUGGAAAAAACUGACAGUGCUCAGACAACAGAUAAAAAAGCCGAGAUGAACUCUGACAGUUCAGAUAGUGAAUUAUUGAAGCCAUGUUUAAACCUGGUGAUCAAGAAGAUUCCAGAAAUAACAGAUGAUAUGGGAAAGAAAUGCUCUCUUGCAGGCCAAGAAAAUGGAUCUAGCUACAGAGUUCUCCCCAAAACACCAGAUAUGCAAGGCUUUGAAAGUAGCAGUGGGCAAAAAGCAUCGUCUUCCUCUCAUCAUUCAAAGAAGAAGAAACAUCAUAAGCAUCACAAGCACAAGUCAAGAAAAUCUUCUCCACAUGGACACGAGUCACGAGAUAAGAAGCGAAAGGUUUCCUCAACAAGUUUAACAAACUUCCCUGCAGAAAGUUCAAAAGUACCGAGGCUUGAAUCAAUGGACAGUAACAUUCUUGGAGAACAUAAUAAACACAAAGAUAAUAUCAUAUCUGAUCUCAAAACUCAAAGCAAUACUGAUUUAGACAGGCCAUUUGACCCUGAUCUUCCUGAAUCAGGCGAAAAUGCUGGAAAUAACUGUGUUAAAAAACAGGCAAUCUCUGAAAUCAGAGAGCUUGCAUCAGUCAAAUCUAAUAACAACCAUGAAAUUUUAGACAGUCUUCCUUCAAGUGAUCUCUCACAGUUUAACCGAUCUCUACAUUCUGAUAUACAUGUACAUAAAUGUUCAGGCCCCACAAGUGUGAAUAAGAAUGAAUGUUUAAACAGUUUAGAUAACAAUAACGAAGGACCUUUAUUAAGUGCUAAUACACAGUUGUCUCGACAGAUCUCUGAACAUACGUUAGAUAGUGGGAUACAUUCACCAGCUAGCGAGAAAAGUGAAGCUCUGUUCAGGCAAGGUGUUGAUGAAAGGCUGGUUCCUCCUUUGUCAAGUCAUGCCUUUAAAGAUAUACCGACAGAUCAGGACCUAGAUAUAGCGCUGGAUGAUAUAGACUGGGACCUGUUUAAUACGGAAGUGACACUAGAACCAAUCGUAGUUACUAAUGAUGAGUUUGCCACUGCUGUAAUGACAGGGGAUUAUCACCUGAUUAAACAAGCUUUGAUUGGAGACCGCAAGUACGACUUGGAGCACCCUGAUACAGAUGGAAAAACAUUACUCAUGUUCUCUGUACAACAAGGACAUGACGACAUAUCGGAUUUACUUAUAGAACAUGGAGCUGAUAUAAAUGCUCAGAUGGACAACGGAAUGACUCCAUUAAUGAUAGCUUGCCAUAGUGCUGAGGUCAGUACAGUGAAUUUGUUGCUAGAGUUGGGUGCAAAGGUUAAUUUGGAAUCCAAGGACAGAAAAACAGCUCUUAUUUAUGCUGCCAAGAGAGGGCAUAAUCAGAUACUGUGGUUGUUACUGGAAUGUGGAGCCAACUUCAAUACAACAUCACAGGCAGGACACACUGCCCUCGACUAUCUCAAGUUGUUACAUCACACUGACACUGAAGUUAUACUUACAAGUCACAUCCAAAGAGUUAUGUCGGAAUUCAACAAGCAGGUGUCAAUAACUCUUAAUGGAACCGCAAAGAUAUUGACGUCCUUGUUCAAGCCGCAGUUGUUCAACAUUUGUGAUGGCGAGAAGUUUGAAAUUGCAUUCCAGCAUAAUCUGCUACCACCAAAUUCAGGUAUAGGGUAUUUGUUAUUUAUUGGUCAUGCCACAUUUUCCAACCAAGAAGUGAUGUGUCGGCUUUAUGGCCCGAGUGCAGUAAAGGCUGUUACAUUGAAUGGACAUCAUCAGUCUUGUCUUACAGAGGAGGGUAAUUUUGUGCUAGCUUUUUCACCAUUGGUUGAUGGAAGAAAUUUACUGACAAUCAAUACAUUAAAAACAAAAGAUUCUAAGGCCAAGUUGAUAGUGUGUGCGUACAUGGCUCAGCUUUUACAGUGCUAGAUGUGGUCUCGUAACAACAUUGUACCAGGAAACUGUGAUGUUUUAACUGUUUUAUAUAUGGUUUUUUUUUUGGUAGUUACUAUGUAUAAGUUAUAGAUGUUUUGCUAAUGAACAUUUUCAAAGCAAUUAAAUUGUCAUUUAUGCAUUUAGCAUUACAUUCAAGGCGCAUUACAAAUGUUGAAAAUACAUGUUACAUGAUGGAGACAACCAGAUAAUUGAUAUCCUUGGCAAGUGGGGUCUUCCUUCAUCAUUACAGCUGGAAAAGUCGCCAUGUCUUGAAAACUUUGCUGAUGUGACUUAUAGCCAAAACUAAACAAGAAUCAUUUUUCAUUUUAUGUAUCAUUUGAUGAAAAAUUUCAGCUUGUUUAUUUCGUGCACUUGAAAUUUUUAUGCACUUUCAGUAUAUUGUUUCAUUUUGCUAACUGUAUUUGUUGAUGUUACCUAUGUUAGAUGUAUUAUUUAUUUAUUUAAGGGACAUGCCUGCAGGUGUAUAUAACAGUACAGUUGACCUGUGUUGAACUAUAACACCUGCUUGUAAAGGCCACUAUUUUCUCAAUUUAUUUGACCAUAAAUAGUGUAAAUUAAACUGAGUUGAGAGACCAUGUGUCAACUAAGACCACUUAUACACACAAAUUUCACUGUAUGUCACUUUAUUCCUGAUGUAGGUCCACUUUAAGUAAGAUUAAGUUAAAAUAGUAUCUGUAUUGGUGAAUGUCGGUAUGAUAAUAGUGCUGUCACACUGACAUGAUUUGCAAUAGGACGUAUACUCAUUGUGUUGGGCAAGUUUGAUAUUAAUUUAUUUACUGCAUGCUGAAUUACCAGAUAUUCAGACUUCCGAUAACCCGACUCAUUUUUGCAGUGAAAGAGAAAUAGGCAAUAAGUAAGGAACUGCUGACCUAAAUUGAUCACCAAAGUUUACCUGUUAUACAUUAAUAAAGUUACCAGUUACCAGUAUAACGCUCUGAAUAAGUAGAAAAAAGGGUAUAGAGAUGAUAAAAGUGUCAAAAAUUUGAUAUUAAUUUUGCUUUAUGAACAUUCAGCAUAAUCAGGGUUGUUUAUGUAAAUUUGUAGAUGUAGAAAUCCGUUGUGUACUAUAUAUUAGAUGCUAUUUAUAUAAAGUUUUUUAUGGGUAUUAUAAACUUGGUUGAGUUUUGUCUUCACAUUCUGUUGUGUUGGCAUUGUGUAGUUUUUUAUAAUUAAACAGAAAAAUGUUAAGCAAUGUUGUCCUUGGUUAUUAUAUGUCCAGUGCUAUAUUUUAAUAGAAUACUGAUAUUAUUUUUGGUGCGUAUAAUACUUUGUUAACUGCUUGUAGGUCAGAUGUCAAGGUCACUGUGACCUUUGCUUUGUUAACUGCUUGUAGGUCAAAUGUCAAGGUCACUGUGACCUCUGCUUUGUUAACUGUUAGCAACAUUAUGUUUGCAGUUAAGUUAUCAUUGUACUUGUUAGUUACAUACAUCAACAUUGUGAUCGUCUGUUUUGCUAGAAGUUUAUUAAGUUUAUGUACAAUUAGAUAUUAUUAUUAUUGUCUGCUUAAACGUUGAGUGAAUGAGAAAAGUUCUAACAUUAACUGACAAAUUUUUGAUAAAGGGACUGUACUCCAGAUUUUGGAUAAAAAUUAUCUUUCUUUGAAGUGGAAGUUUGGUCAUAUUAUGAAGAAUAUGAGUUUUGUUUCUAAACUAUCUUUAGAAAAUGCUUAAUCAAGAAAAAAUGCCAUGUCUGAGUCGGGUAUUGAACCCGGGUUGCCUCUGCAAUAAAACCUUUCCUACCAUCGUUACCAAUACACAAUGUAGGAAUUUGUACUUAACAGCCAUUUAUAUAAAGCUUUAUAAUUAAAGCAGCUUACGUUCUGUACCAUGUGAGAAACGCUUUUCAAUUUUAAAGGAAAAUUAGUAAAAACAGCUAAUUCUUAUAUGUUUCCAUAACAUAUAAUCUGUCAUUAACUAAGUUCCAAAGCCUUCAAAAGAAAUAUGGCAAUAAAUCCCGAUAUAUCUAAAAAAUUUUCUUUUUUCUCAUACAAUCUGGAGGUCAGUCUCUUUAAUAGGACCAAAUUUGAAAGAACUUGGUUGUUGCAGAUAUUGUUUAAAACAUGCUAGUAAAUUUAACACAGCAUUAUUUUUGUUUUGCAAUAUCCACUGAUUACAUGUUUUUGUUAAUUCCGAGUAAUGUGGAAAACUUGUGUUUGUGUUUAACAUUUGAUCUCUGAACUCAGCAUUUAUUUUCUAGAACUUAGUUAACUUUCUGGGAUGUUUGCCAGUAACUUAGGGAAACUGCUGUUUUAUUGAUUGUUGUAUGAUAAACUCUUAUCUGUUGCCAUAAUUUUACUGAUAUACGAUGGAGAAAUCAUUUAAACCCCAAACCAUGCCUUUAACAAAUUCACAAGUUCCUCUUAAGCAUUUUUGGAUCAUCAUUUGUUUAAAAAAGAUUUGUUUAUUUUGUAUAUAAAAUGAAAAAAAUUACCUUUAAUGAUAAUUUGCAAUAACAUCACUACCAUCAAUUGAAGGUUUUAGUUUUCUUUAAUAUAACAAGCAAUGUUCCUGACAUCCAGAUGUACUCAGUCAAAUUUCAUUUGAAACAGGACAAGCCAGGGCCUUUUUCUGCAAUUUAAUUGAUCAGAACUUGGAACUUUAACUUUUAUACUGCUACAAAUUCAACCAACUGAUAUUAUUGUUAAGUAAGUGUAUACUUAUUUAUUUUAGCUCAAUUUUGAUGAAAACUUGAUAGCUUAUUUGAGUCAUUCACAAGUCCGCUUCCAUGACAAACUAGUAUUGGUGACAUUUUAGAAUGUUUGGUCAUAUUUUCAGUAAGGCUCACACCCGUAACUUUUGGGAUGAAGUCUGUACCUUAACACUAGACCACCGCUCUGGUUAUAUAUCAUAUUGUUAAAGUUUGCUUGAUGUUUGUUUAUGUACAAAGUGUGAUGUUGAUGUUGUUAAAACUUGAUCAUGUAACUAGUCAUAACACAAUGUGAUUAUAUAUUUAAUGCCAGUUAAGUUUACUUUUGUUGCGCUGCAGUGUAUUGAAUCCUAGGUUAUCUUUGGUGAGGAGAAUUUAGUUGGUGCUGAUAGUGUUGUUAGCAUUUGUAAAAUACAGUUUCAUAAGUCUGAGUGAAAGAGAGGUCAAAGAAGCAUGCUUCCAAAUAUACACUUCUUUAUCAGAAUUUCUAAAACUAAUAAUACCAGUAAUGUCUGUAAAGUAAAAAUUGUUGUACUUCUUGACUAAUUAAGAAAUUAAUGAUAAUUUAUUAAGAACUGACUUCUAAUGAUGCUAUUGAAGGAGGGAGUCAAAUGUAAUAUCUCUAUUCAUUUGAUAUUACUGUUGCUUUUAGUUCAUUCAAUAUAAACAUUUCGGAAAAGUAUCUGUAAAUGCAGAAGCCUAUUUUGAAGUUUUGAAGGUUGAUGAAAAUAUUCUUUUGUGCUUGAUUUGGAUAUAUAUUUGGUUUAUUAAUGAAAGGGCUUAAAGAAGGUUGGUGCUUCUAUUUGGAUGAAAUAAUUCGGGAAGUGGGGAGGGCACCUGCUGGGUACUCCUAUAUGCCAUAUGAUCUAAAUUGUGUCUUUGUGACUCAAAACCAAACAGUAACAAAAAAAUGCUAAUGAAAGGGAAAGGAGAAAAGAUUGGCAUGACUACAAUUAUCUGACAAUUUUGUACAUUUUAUAGAGAAAAAAUGUGACAAUUUCCCAUAAAAAAUGACCAUUAACAACUAAGUCUGUCAAUUAUCCCUUGUUAAAUAAGGGAAUUUUAAGGAAGAAGGUUAUGUGUAAUUCUAUAUAGCAAUUUUCAUGUAAGAUCUGAUCUUGGUGACUGUUGAAGUUGGCAGAAUAAUGAGCAUGUUUCCUGAGACUAGAGCGGCAAUAUUCACUCUAAAUAGACCUGUAGGAUAGAAUGAAAAAUAAUGAUUUCCUAAACAAUCGGAAAAAGGUUAUAUUUUUAGCUCGACUAUUCGAAGAAUAGUCUAGCUAUUCUACUCACCCUGGCGUCGGCGUCGGCGUCGGCGUCACACCUUGGUUAAGUUUUUGCAUGCAAGUACAUACAGCUAUCAUUUAAAGGCAUAUAGCUUUGAAACUUAUUUAUUCUUUUUCUAGGUCAAUUACCAACCUCACUGGGUCAAGUUCCAUAACUCUAACAUGUAUUUUGAGCAAAUUAUGCCCCCUUUUGGACUUAGAAAAUUCUGGUUAAAGUUUUACAUGCAAGUUACUAUCUCCAAAACUAAUGUAGAUAUUGAAUUGAAACUUCACAUGUGUCUUCGGGGUUAUAAAACUAGUUCAUAGCAGCAAGUCCCAUAACUCUGACCUUGUUUUUGGCCAAAUUAUGCCCCCUUUUGGACUUAGAAAAUUUUGGUUAAAGUUUUGCGUGCAAGUACAUACAGCUAUUACCAAAAGGCAUAUAGAUUUGAAACUUAUUUUUUCUUUUUCUAGAUCAAUUACCUACAUCACUAGGUCAAGUCCAAUAACUCUGACAUGUAUUUUGGCCAAAUUAUGCCCCCUUUUGGACUUAGAAAAUUCUGGUUAAAGUUUUGCAUGCAAGUACAUACAGCUAUUACUAAAAGGCAUAUGGAUUUAAAACUUAUUUUUUCUUUUUCUAGAUCAAUUACCUACCUCACUGGGUCAAGUCCCAUAACUCUGACAUGUAUUUUGGGCAAAUUAUGCCCCCUUUUGGACUUAGAAAAUUCUGGUUAAAGUUUUACAUGCAAGUUACUAUCUCCAAAACUAAUGUAGAUAUUGAAUUGAAACUUCACAUGUGCCUUCGGGGUUAUAAAACUAGUUCAUAGCAGCAAGUCCCAUAACUCUGACCUUCAUUUUGGCCAAAUUAUGCCCCCUUUUGGACUUAGAAAAUUUUGGUUAAAGUUUUGCGUGCAAGUACAUACAGCUAUUACCAAAAGGCAUAUAGAUUUGAAACUUAUUUUUUCGUUUUCUAGAUCAAUUACCUACAUCACUAGGUCAAGUCCAAUAACUCUGACAUGUAUUUUGGCCAAAUUAUGCCCCCUUUUGGACUUAGAAAAUUCUGGUUAAAGUUUUGCAUGCAAGUACAUACAGCUAUUACUAAAAGGCAUAUGGAUUUAAACCUUAUUUUUUCUUUUUCUAGAUCAAUUACCUACCUCACUGGGUCAAGUCCCAUAACUCUGACAUGUAUUUUGGGCAAAUUAUGCCCCCUUUUGGACUUAGAAAAUUCUGGUUAAAGUUUUACAUGCAAGUUACUAUCUCUUAAACUAAUGUAGAUAUUGAAUUGAAACUUCACAUGUGUCUUCGGGGUUAUAAAACUAGUUCAUAGCAGCAAGUCCCAUAACUCUGACCUUCAUUUUGGCCAAAUUAUGCCCCCUUUUGGACUUAGAAAAUUUUGGUUAAAGUUUUGCGUGCAAGUACAUACAGCUAUUACCAAAAGGCAUAUAGAUUUGAAACUUAUUUUUUCUUUUUCUAGAUCAAUUACCUACAUCACUAGGUCAAGUCCAAUAACUCUGACAUGUAUUUUGGCCAAAUUAUGCCCCCUUUUGGACUUAGAAAAUUCUGGUUAAAGUUUUGCAUGCAAGUACAUACAGCUAUUACUAAAAGGCAUAUGGAUUUAAAACUUAUUUUUUCUUUUUCUAGAUCAAUUACCUACCUCACUGGGUCAAGUCCCAUAACUCUGACAUGUAUUUUGGGCAAAUUAUGCCCCCUUUUGGACUUAGAAAAUUCUGGUUAAAG